AUGAUUCCGGGUGGUGGAGGUCUCUUCUACUUUUCGCAUGGUCCUUGCCGGUAUAUAGGACCAUUUGCUUGUUAUGUUGGAUUCAGCUUCCUUCUGCACUGCUACACCUAUGGCUUGUACAGUUUGGUGUUUUCGUUCUGUUACCGCUAUUAUAUUCUGUUGAGACCACCACCAAAAAUUCGAAAUGUUGCAAUGUACUUGAUUCUUCUCUAUGUUCCAUCUUUGCUUCAAUUUGUAGUAUUCAACCUUUCUAGCGAUUCUGAAAAUUUGGUUAAAAGCCGAAUUACCAAGGUCUUUGGCUACGAUAUGAGCACUGAAUGCGUUAGCGGUACCGCUAGAAUUCUGGUUGGAAAGCAUUACUUCCAUCAUUACAUGUGA